CUCUGCUACAUCGAAUCAAAAAGAAAAUAAAUAUUUUACCAUAUUGCAACGGUUUUGUAUGAACAAAAUGGCACGCGCCGGAUUUCGUAUUGCCUUGUUGCAGCUCAAAGUUGGCGCAAAUAAGGCACAAAACAUUGAGAAUGCAUUAACCAAAAUCCGCUCAGCCGUGACGGACAAAGGCGCCCGGGUGGUAGCCCUUCCAGAAUGCUUCAACUCACCCUACGGUACCAAACACUUUCCAGAGUAUGCGGAGGAAGUUCCAACCGGUGAGACAAGCCGCAGUUUAGCCGCGAUAGCAAAGGAGCUCGACAUUUAUCUUAUUGGAGGUACGAUCCCGGAGAGGUGUUCGACGGACAACAAACUAUACAACACCUGCACCGUAUGGUCACCGGAUGGUGCGCUGAUGGCAAAGUAUAGAAAGAUUCACCUUUUCGAUAUCAACAUUCCCGGCGGAAUCACCUUCCGCGAAUCAGAUGUAUUGACGGGUGGAAACAAACUAGCAACGUUGGCCAUCGAUGGGGCAAAGAUUGGCAUUGGAAUCUGCUACGACAUUCGGUUCGAUGAACUGGCCCGCCUGUACCGUAAUCAGGGAUGCGAUAUGUUGAUCUUCCCGGGGGCAUUCAACAUGAAAACUGGCCCAUUGCACUGGGAGCUAUUGGCGCGAGGUCGUGCGAACGACACGCAGUCGUACGUUGCUACCAUUUCACCGGCCCGAGAUGCAGGUGCAGGUUAUAUUGCCUGGGGUCACUCAAUGUUGGUCGACCCGUGGGCUAAGGUUAUCGCCGAAGCAGGCGAGGACGAGGAAAUGGUCGUUGCUGAUGUGAAUCUCCAGAUGGUGGACGAAGUUCGUGCGCAGAUUCCGAUUUUCAGCCAACGUAGAACUGACCUCUACACAACAAACGCUUUAGAAAAGUAGUACCGCUUACGGAACGAUGUUCUUUGUUGCCAUUUUACCGUGACAGUUAAACUGUAAACGAGUUUUUUACGCAUUUUUAUGCAUUUUAUCUACAUGAAACCGAAGAUGUACACAAACUUGUAAAACAACGAAGAGGUAUCCUCACAAAUAAAACCUAGAUUAUGGUGAUAGGUGCCACCAUU